CUUUCACGUUUCUUUCUAGCUCUUCUAAAGCAGCUUUUUGAAAUAGUACCAGUGCCAGUACUGUCGAUCUCAUUUCUUUUAAGCUAGCUAGACGUCCCAGAUCGAUCAGAACACAUUGACACAACGAAAGUAGCAAUUUUUAUAGCUCGCAAAGCAUCGAUGGGUCGUUCUACAGGCUCUGGAAAUAACUUUCUCCAAGUUGUGGCCAACAACUUUGAUGUUCUUGCUUUACCUCUUGUCACUCUAGUUUUCCCCUUAUAUGCUUCGAUUAGGGCAAUAGAGACCAAGUCUCGCACUGAUGAUCAGCAAUGGCUUACGUACUGGGUUUUGUAUUCUCUCAUAACACUCUUCGAGAUGACCUUUGCCAAAGUCCUUGAAUGCUUCCCGAUUUGGGCUUAUGCCAAGUUGAUCGUGACUUGUUGGUUGGUGCUGCCUCAAUUCAAUGGCGCAGCAUAUGUUUAUCGCCGCUUCAUCCGACCCUUCUACAUGAACCCACAGAUCAUAACUAAUGGUCAGCAGAUCUGGUAUUUCCCAAGAACCAAGGAUAAGAAGAACAUCUUCAGCAAACCAGAUGAUGUUUUAACCGCCGCUGAGAAAUAUAUGGAAGAACAUGGCACUGAAGCUUUUGAGAGGCUCAUAACCAAGACUGAUAGGGAAGCAAGAGCCAGGAGGAGCAACAAUUACAUGAUCUUUGAUGAUGAUUAUAUGUACUAAUUAAUUAAACUAAUUAAUCCCUACUGAUGGAGUAUCUGCUUUGUCCUUGAUUAGAAUCUAGCUAUAUAUGAAUGUACUCGCUCCAGCUAUCAUGGAAUGAAAUUUGAGUAUUAUUUUGGCUUUGAA